GGGAGUGUUUAAAACAGCCAUAAACGCACCUGGUUUCUCAUCAUUUUCUGGAAUCAUAAGAAUAGAAAUUUACAGGAAACAUGAUCAAACCAGAACAAGUUGUGUUUUCUCUUGUUUUUGCCCUGUUAGGGUUAGGGUUCUUGCGUUUGCAUGCUGCUUCUAGUUCUCUCCCUCCGGCCCUGCAGGCCAAGAGGAGCUGCCCUUAUACAGUGAUCAUAAAAACCAGCUGCUCUUCCACCAUCUCCACCAGAGACAGGAUCAGCCUUGCUUACGGUGAUGCUCACGGCAAUGAGGUGUAUGCAAAGAGGGUUGAUGAUCCAGUUUCAAGGACGUUUGAGAGGUGCUCCUCCGAUAAGUUCCACAUAGACGGGCCAUGCGCGCGCGACAUCUGUUAUCUCAACCUUCUGAGGAAUGGAUCCGACGGUUGGAAACCUGAGUUCGUCAAGAUCUCGGGUCCACAUACAAACGCUAUUAUCUUUGACUUCAACACCUUCCUGCCCAACCGAGUGUGGUUUGGACACAAUCUGUGUCAUCAUGGAUAGAUGUAGUUAAUUAAUUUUAAUUAGUAAUGGUUAAUUAAUUAUGACAUUAGUUAUUAUGUACUUGAUCUAAACGAAAGACUUGACACAAAAUCAUAAAAUUUAGUAGCCGAUCCUACUUAGUGGGAUAAGGCGACUUGUUAUUGUUGUU